GAUGUGGCACAGCAUUAGAAGACCAGGAAAGCAUCAAGAGAGCACACAGCAAGUAUUUGCUUGUCAAUGUGCUGGAAAAAUUUAGUAUUUCUAGAUUUGAAUUUACUAAAUCAAAAGUGCAGUCUGUUCUCUUUGGCAAAGGCGAUCUUAAAAAGCAGCAUGGGAUCCCAAUGGGGGUUCUUCCUAAUCCUGACCACACUAACUUUGACAGAUCUUGUGCAAAGCCAAAGCAUACAUGUCUCUAUGAAUCCUGUACCAGUGGGCGCAAAUGUGACAAUCAGCAGUGAUGCUGAAGUUACCUUGGGGGCUUGGAUGUUCCAUGGAAGCCUACUGGUGUUAAUUUACCCUGGAGGUUAUAUGAUAAACAAGGAGAAGAGUGACAGAAUUAUAUUUAUUUCCAACACGUCGUCGCUGACUUUACAAUCAGUGAGACAAGAGGACUCCGGAUUAUAUAAAAUAGAACAAAUAAAUGGGUUUUCUUUUCAGAUAGAGCUGUCAGUCCAAGUGCCAAUUUCAGGUGUGGGUUUAUCAGCAAAAGCAACAGAUCUGGUGGAGUUCAAUAGCACAGCGAUCCUCAUGUGCUCAGUAUCCAAUGGCACAUCUUUGUCCUAUGAAUGGUUGGUUGGAAACUCUACGAUAUCAAAUGGGGCAGAUGUGCAGCUUAGCGAUGGAAAUGCAACCAUUAGCAUAGCUGGCCUGACCCGCUUUGAUCAGGGUCCCUACAGGUGCAAUGUGUCAAACGGACUGGGGUAUGAACUCAGCCCCCCUUUGAAUCUAAACAUCAGCUAUGGUCCAAGUAAUACAACCAUGACAGUGACACCAAUGAAAAACAUCUAUAGAUCUGGAUCUAACAUCACACUGUCCUGCUCAACUGAUUCAAAACCUACAGCAAAGAUCCAGUGGAUGUUUAAUGAAAUGCACCUUAAUCAGUCUGGAUCACAGCUGGACCUGCAGAAUGUUCAAGAAAGCCACUCAGGAACUUACAAAUGCAUCUUUCACAACCCAGUCACAAUGAGGUUCAGCAGCAAUAGCUCAAAGAUCCAAGUGAUGGAUCCUUUGACAGGAGUUACCUUGAAUCACAGCAGAGGCCCUGCCAUACUGGACAUGAUGUAUUCUCUGCAGUGCGAAGUCACAGGACCUAUUGGUAGCAUUCAGUGGUGGAAAGAUGGACGUCCACUUGUUCCUGACAAUAGAACUGUCUUUGAAAUGGACAACAGCACUCUGAUUCUCAAUCCAGUUCAACAUUCGGAUGGUGGAGUUUAUGAUUGUCAUGUUUUUAACGACGUGAGCAACAUGACAAGCAGCCCCUUUGAAGUUAAAGUAAACUAUGGACCAGAGAUGCCAACCAUCAUGGCGCCAAGAGUGGCACCGACAGAAGACAGUGUUACCCUCACAUGCUGGGCAGAAUCUGUCCCACCAAGUUCCUUCAAGUGGUUCUUUAAUGAUUCUCUGGUUUCCAACAUGUCUGAGUAUAUGACACCUGCUCUCACAGCAGAGAUGAGCGGGGAGUACAUCUGUAUGGCCUUCAACCGCAUCACUGGCAAAAACAGUACUGCUAGCACAAUGCUUACUGUUAUUGAUCCAAUAACAAAUGUUCAAGUAGAAGAUCAUAUGAAUCAUCCAGUUGAAGGUCAUCCACAUGAUUUAACCUGCAGUGUAAAUGGAACUGUUGACCAUAUCUACUGGAUGAAAAAUAACGAAAAAAUGUAUCCAGACAAUAGAACCCUGUUUCUAAUGGAUAACAUGACUGUAAGGUUCAUGAACAUCCAACGAAAUGAUACUGGGCACUACCAGUGUAUGGCUAUUAAUGCACUAGGGAAUAUGACCAGCAGUCCUAUGAUGCUCAUUGUCAACUAUGGACCAGAGAUGCCAACCAUCAUGGGACCAAGAGUGGCACCGACAGAAGACAGUGUUACCCUCACAUGCUGGGCAAAAUCUGUUCCACCAAGUUCCUUCAAGUGGUUCUUUAAUGAUUAUCUGGUUUCCAACAUGUCUAAGUAUAUGACACCUGCUCUCACAGUAGAGAUGAGUGGGGAGUACAUCUGUAUGGCCUUCAACAGCAUCACUGGCAAAAACAGCACUGCCAGCACAAUGCUUACUGUUAUUGAUCCAAUUGAAAAAGUUACAAUAGACACAUCAAAUUCCUGGGCUUUGGAAGGUUAUUCAUAUGAAAUGAUAUGUGAUGUAACUGGAACUGUUGGUCAUAUUUACUGGAUGAAAAAUGGUGAAAAGCUUCAUCCAGACAACAGCAUUGUUUUCUCUAUGGACAACAAGACAAUCAUGUUCAAGCCAUUGGAUCGUCAUGAUGCCGGACACUACCAAUGUAUGGCCGUCAAUAGUUUUGGAAACAUGACCAGCACAGCUUACAUGCUUUCUGUCAAUUUUGGACCAGAUAGACCUGUUAUUUAUGGGUCAGAAUUUGGAGAAAAAGGACGUGAUGUUGUCUUUAACUGCUCUGCCACAUCGAUGCCACCUAGUACAUAUACAUGGUGGUUCAAUGGUUCAUUUGCUGCCAAUACUUCAGAGUUCACAGCUGGGCCUCUGUUUUAUAACAUGAGUGGCAAAUACACGUGUAUGGCCCACAAUCAAGCGACAGGAAAGAACAGCACCAACUCUAUCAUGCUCACAGUCAUAGAGGCAAUAGAGUCAGUGAUGAUCCAAAGCAACACAACUCCUAUAAACAAUGAAAACUUUACCCUCACGUGUCACAUUGUUGGGCCCUAUGACACCAUCUACUGGAUGAAAGAUGAUAUGAAACUCGACAUGAAUGUCUCUGACACAGACUCAUCCAUGUACACAGUUGACAACAUGCUGCAUUUCACCCCAUUGGCAAUAGACAAUAAUGGGACCUAUCAGUGUGUGGCUACCAAUCGGGCCGCUCAUCAUAAGAGUCCUCCAUAUACGCUUCUUGUAAACUAUGGUCCUUUGAAUGUGACAAUCUCUGGUCCAGACACAGCAAAAGAUGGCGCAUCUGUGUCUCUGAUAUGCUCUGCUGAUUCACAGCCUGAGUGUGACUUCCACUGGUUCUUAGAUAAUCAAACCACACCCUAUAUGAAUGGAUCUGUAAUCAAUUUCACUGCAACUAGAGGGCAUACAGGGAAAUACAUAUGCAUUGCAACAAACCCAGUGACAAACAUCACAAUGAUGCAAAGCAAAGAUUUUGCUAUUGCAGAUCAUGCUUCUGCAAUCUGCAUCCAAGGCAAAGGAGCUCUGCUGCUACUGGGCCUGUAUCCCUUCCUUGCCCACUUUCUGUUUCUCUGAGUCCUGCCUUCCUGCAGUUCACUUGCCCGUCCCCAUGCAGUCUUCAACAAAAAUCUCAUCAUAACUACCACAAUAAUACACUAUACUCUAUAGUUUUUCAGCUAAAGUAUAUAAUCAUUUACAAAACAUGUCAGUUUCUCUUGUGAUAUCACUGUUCUCCCUUCUAUCCUUGGUUAAAGUAUGUUAGCUAUAUUAUAAGGCCAUUUUACAAUAGUCCAGAGUGCAAUUUUUUAAAUAACCUGCAAAUCCCUCUAUAGAAAUUAUAUUUUCAAACUUUUCUUAGUUAAACAACAUGUUAUUUAAACUGUAUUUAAAUCCAGAAACAUAUAUUUAAUUGUUUUUACUUGCUAAUCAAGAAAGAAAGCUGAAUUAUUGAUUACAUGGACUUUAUUGAGGAAUACAUAUAUUUUGUGGUAACAUUUAUUUGUGUGUAAACUUUUAUGAGCACUUUGAUUAAAAUGUAAAAUCUGAA